UCUGGCGGAUCUAAAAUUAAUGCUCUAGGCCUAGGGAGAAGAAUUCGCUGCUGUUCAAAGAAGAACAAGUCAACAAAUAGGCUACUAUUUUUACCACAUCGGUUUGCUAGAAUCUUACUUGGAGAACAUGAGUGACAUGAUUGAGUUCGAAGUUAUUACAAGUACAGAACAUAACUCUCAAGAUGAAGGUGAACAUUUCGCCAAUACGCAGGUAACAGGCAGCAAUACAGAUCAUUCAGCCAGAGAUUCAAAUGAAGCUGCUGAAGAGUGUCACCACCUGUUGCAGGAACAGGUUGUUGCGAGUAACAGGGGGCCACAUUCCUGUGGAAGCGCUUCUGUCAACAGCCAGGACGCAGACACACGCGCAGGGAGCGACUGGGAGCACAGAGAGACUGGACCAGUGAGACGAUGCAGGUGCAGUCAUUGCCUUCCAGACCUGAACACAGUAGUCCUCUGGAGGAUUAGACUAUGGAUGGUUGUUCUCCUGCUCUUUGUGGUAAUCGCUACGGUCAUCGUGCUGUCACUGGUCUUCUGCUCAGUGCCACACGAUGAUGAGGAUGACAAGUUCGACCGCGAGUCCUUCACAGUACCUCGUUACUACAGUGGUACCCUCAGGCUGGUGAACCAGAACUUCACAGCAGAGCUGCUGUCCCUGAAAUCCCCACAGAGCCAGGUCCUGUCGGGCCAGCUCGAAGUGAAGCUGUCUGACCUCUUCAGCUCCUCUCCUGCUCUGGGACGGUACUUCUCUGCUGCUGGAAUGUCUUCCUUCAGCAGCAACGGCAGUGUGACUGCUUCUUAUUGGCUGAAGUUUCUGAUGCCCCAGGAGCACGCCCAGUUGGUGCGCUACACCCUGAGCCGAGAGAUGGUGUACAGCGUGCUGCAACAACACCUGCAUGACCAGGAGCCACGCCCCUGGGAUCCCCUGUACAUUGACCCCGUGUCUGUAGACCUGAAGGUUGGGUACAGUACACUUGAAGCUCAAUGAAAUGAACACUGGCAAACAAGACCAUCCCAAGACCUGAUGGAGGGCUCAUUCCAGAAGUCCUUUCCCUGCACAGCUGCGAAUCAGAGGGGUCCCAAAAUCAGACAGGCGUGGGUGGCCUUGUCUCAUGAGGAUGACGUGUUGCAAGAGUAAAGGGGGCAGUGCCAUCCACCCUAAAAUACGAGUUCUGAAUCUGCCUCUCCCUGAAUGACUGUUCUGCCCAGUUCAGCAUGUUCUAUACUGCUCCGGGGGUGUGGAUGAACAGUCACAGAGCAGAGGGAGCAGCCCAGAGGAACAGUCAUUUGGCCUGGAGGCAGCGGUCUGGCGUUAAACUUAUUCCUCACGUUUCUGGAUCUUUAUGGGUCCAGGUACAGUUGGAGAACAGCAUGCCGUUAGGUGCUGCUCCGAAGGACUCUGUAGACAGUUACUUACACAGAGACAGAUAAUUGUUUGAAAAGGGAAAGAAGUGACAUAUAUUUAUUUUUUAAGACACUAAAGGUCUAAAAUAAAAUGAAAAUUCACUGUGGGUUCAACCCUGCAGAAGACACCUUGUGCUGCCGCACGGUCCUCAAUACAGGAUAUUGCACUUAGACCGACAUUUUUAACAUGGCAUUAUGUUGAUUGGCCACUAGAUGGCAAGUAUGCUUCAUUGUAUCCCAAGCCAUAGGCCACUGAUUCUCAAUCCUACUCCUGGGGCCCCCCUGCUCCGCACGUUUUCCAUC